AAAAGUAGACCAUCUAUGGCAAUUGAAGAACUUUAGAACUCUCUCUUUUUUCUUUAUUACUUUUUGCUCGAAAAACUUUCACACGAAGUUCUCUAUUUCAUUUGUUUCUGUGUUGUUAUAUAUAUGUAACUAUCCAUGUAUAAUUCUGUUUGUUUUUCCUCUGUUUUAAUUGUUUAUGAUUUGUUCAUCUUUGUCCGUUGGAUCAUUCAGUUUGCUGGGGAGAGUUCUUUGAUUUGAUUUGAUUUAGUUACUGGGGUAUUGAUUUGAUCUUUUUGGGGUUUUGGAUUCAACUUUAAAGUUUAAAGCUUUUUUUUUCUGGGAAACGUAAGAAGCUGAUCUUUCAGUGUUUGGGUUUAAUCAUUGAGUUUCUCUUUGGGUACUGUGAAAAAUAUUGGUCAAAGCACAGAGCUGGUAGAUGACCUAAAAGAUUUUAUAUAUAUAUAUAUAAAGCUGAUUGACUGGUGGAUAAACAAAGCUUUACAAAGGGGAAGAAAAGAAUUUUUUUUUUUGGUCUUGUAAUUUGAUUUUUUUAAAAGCUAUGCCGGUUGAGGUUGACAAUUCCUCCACCGUCUCCGGCGACGCUAGCGUCUCUUCCACCGGUAAUCAAAAUCCACCUCCCAAAUCCGCCGUUAAGAAGAAACGUAACCUCCCUGGAAUGCCAGAUCCAGAUGCGGAGGUGAUUGCUUUAUCACCUACGACUCUGUUAGCUACAAACCGUUUCGUGUGUGAAAUUUGCAACAAAGGGUUUCAAAGAGACCAAAAUCUUCAGCUUCAUAGACGAGGUCAUAAUCUGCCAUGGAAGUUGAGGCAAAGAUCGAGCAAGGAAGUGAAGAAGAGGGUUUACGUUUGUCCUGAGCCGACAUGUGUUCAUCAUGACCCUUCGAGAGCUUUAGGUGAUCUCACGGGGAUUAAGAAACAUUUCUGUAGAAAACAUGGUGAAAAGAAAUGGAAAUGUGAUAAAUGUUCUAAGAAAUACGCUGUUCAAUCGGAUUGGAAAGCUCACUCUAAGAUCUGUGGCACUCGAGAGUAUAAAUGUGAUUGUGGAACUGUGUUUUCCAGGAGGGAUAGUUUUAUUACCCACAGAGCUUUUUGUGAUGCGUUAGCAGUGGAGAGUGCUAAAACUCAAACGAAUCCUAGUUCAGAAUCCGACCCAAAAGUUCAGGCGGCGGAUUCAUCACCACGGCGCUCACCUCCGGCUGCACCUCCGCCGGUAUCUGCUCCAAGUGCUAUAACUUCUUCAGAUAUUCGGAUUCAAAGUUCUGUGUUGGCUGAAGAUCCAAGAACUGUUGUGGAAGAAGCUCCCACUCCAGCACCGGCACCGGCUCCACCACCGGCUGGCUUAAAUGGAAGUUCUAGCAGUAGUGUUAGCUUGGUUAGCAGUGGUUGUAGCAGCAGCAGCAGCAGCAGCAGUGUAUUUUCGAGCUUAUUUACAUCCACUACUGUAUCUGCGAGCAUACACCCUCCUCAACCUCUGGCACCGGCUCCACCACUGGUUGGCUUAAAUGGAAGUUGUAGCGGUAGUGUCAGCCUGGUUAGCAGUGGUGCUAGCAGCAGUAGCAGUAGUGGUGUAUUUGCAAGCUUAUUUGCCUCCUCGACUGUAUCUGCAAGCAUACAACCUCCUCAACCUCCGGCUUUAACCAACUUAAUUCAAGCUGACCUAGCUCCAUCUACAUCAAUUGAACCAAUUUCUUUAUGCCUCUCGACCAGCCAUGGCUCGUCGAUAUUCGGAACUACAGGGCAAGAGCGUCGGCAGCAUGCACCGCCACUGCAACCUGCUAUGUCUGCCACUGCACUACUGCAGAAAGCUGCACAGAUGGGAGCAGCAGCAAGUAAUGCAUCCUUGCUUCGCGGUCUCGGUAUUGUUUCAUCUUCAGCACCACAAGAAAAUUUACAAUGGGGUCAAGCACAAGUUGACCCCGACAAUGCCUCCAUUGCAGCAGGGCUUGGACUCGGGCUUCCCUGUGACGGAAGUUCAGGAUUAAAGGAACUGAUGAUGGGAACCCCAGUCUUCGGUCCUAAGCAAACUACUCUCGAUUUCCUUGGGUUGGGGGUGGCUGCCGGUGGCAACCCCAAUGCCAGCCUGUCUGCUCUAAUUACGUCUAUCGGAGGUGGAUUUGAUGCCACCACAGCAGCAGCAUCGUUUCGAGGUGGAGAUUACACCAGCAAGGACAUUGGAAGAAGCUCGUGAUACAUUAAUAUGCGGCAUUGCAGAAGAAAACAAUGGCAAUAUAUAAUUUCCGAUAAAGAAUAGCCAUUAUGGAGGUCAGCACCGAGCCAUCAAGGAGGCAAUCCAGGUCUGCCUUCUACGUAACAAUGGCAGCGAAAAGGACUUCCUUGUGGGGGUAUAUAUAGCCUUUGUUGUACAAGGUAAAAGUUGAUGAACCAGAUGUGUAUAAAGUAUGUUGUAGCUAGAAAAGUUGGAACACAACAUCCCUGGAAAGAGAUUUUGGUUACUUUCAGACAUGUAUGUGUCUGGUUUUCUUUUUAAAGCUUGGAGAUAUCAGCAAAAGAGCAGGUUUUUUUCCAAGCUUUUCACAGUGGAGUGGUAAAUUGGUUUAAAUGGUGGGAUUUUGAUUGAUUCUGAUAUGAUUAUUGGGCAUAAUUUCAAUUUGUUUGUUUUA